AUGGCAAAAAACAAGAGUUUGAGCAGGCAAAAGGCGGAAAUAAAGGCGCUAGAAUCUAUGGUGGAAUGCUUAACAGCUUUCGCAAAGACAAAGGCAAUCAUUUUCAAAAAAGCACAUGAACUUUCGAUUACGACGGGGGCAGAAGUUGGUCUUCUUAUCUUCUCCCCAAGUGGAAAACCAUAUACUUAUGGAUCCCCUCAUCAUUUUGACGCAAUAGCAGAUAAGUUUUUAAUGUGGAAACUAAAUGAUGGUAAAAAUAAUUAUUCUGAUAUAGUUGAAUAUAAUCGCAAUAAGGAAUAUGAAUUGUUGAUGGUACAAAAGGAAAAACUGGAGAAACUUUUGGAUAUCAUCCAAGAAAUUCAGAAUCGUAGCGCAGGACCCAAUUCUGUUGAAAGUUGUAUGAUGAAUGAUUUGAAUGUUGCUGUUGACGCUGACAGCGGGGAGACUUCCGCAUCUAAUUAA